UACAUGGCGUGCACAUCUCAAACACAGCCGAUGUGCUGUUUUCUUCUCUACCUUAUUAAAAACGACACAAUUCAUAUAAAAGAUAGUAACACUUAUGUGUGGGUGAGACAUUACUCCUACUUUUUCUGAUUGUAACAAUUUCUGUGGUGAGCCAACUAACCAAAAUCCACUGGCAAUAGUGACCAAACAACACAUCAAAUCGCAAGAAUUCGACCCUCAUUCGGUGUUCUUCGUUUUCAUCUUUACGCACGGUACCCACUGGGGCGCGAUAGUAGCUAGUGUUUCACCCCUGAGUCAGCGAUUGCGAACGAUAUCGGGCCUGUACAGUGCACACAGUAGCAGCAGGGAGAAAAGACAGGACGUUUGUUGUUUUUCUUUUUUAGUUGCGUUCGAGAAGAGUUUCGUUGCGAUCGCGGAAAAUACUACUAAUCAUCCGCAGUUGACAUAAUGGCCGCAGAGAUCAAGCCUGCACCGCGUAGUGCGAACGAUCGCUUCAGCACAACGAAAAAGCCGGAACUGCUCAACAAGCUGGAGGGCUGCAAUGAUGACGUGAACGCAGCGCUACUCAUUCCAGGAGAGGAAGGUGUUAUCAGCGUUUGCGAUGACAAAACCAUUCGAGUGUGGUUGCGACGCGAUUCGGGCCAGUAUUGGCCCUCGAUUUGCCAGUAUAUGCCAUCGGGAUGUACCUCGCUGUUCUACACACCGGAAACCAGAACGCUGUUUAUCGGCCAGGAGAAUGGAACCAUUUCACAGUUCACCCUGUCGGACGACUGCAACCGGCUGACACCGAUUCGGGAAUAUUUGGCCCAUCAGGCCCGGAUCACCAAUGUGAUCUUUGCCAAACACACCGGAUGGAUUCUGUCCGCGGGAAGGGACAAGUUCUUUGCCUUUCACAGCACCGAGACUGGGGAACGGCUCGGUUGCUACACGUUCGAGGCUAUAUGUACAGCUAUGCAAUACGAUUCCCUUUCCAAGUAUGCAUUCGUAGGUGACUACAGUGGCCAAAUAACCAUGCUGAAGCUUAGUGCAACUGGAGCAUCGGUCAUUACCACAAUGAAGGGACACGCAGGCUCGGUUCGAGCACUGUACUGGGCUGAAGGGCCACAGCUGCUGUUCAGCGGAUCGUACGAUCAGACCGUGAUCGUUUGGGAUGUAGGAGGCAAACGUGGCACCACUUACGAACUGCAUGGCCACAACAAUAAGGUCUCGGCCUUAACCUACGCCAGUAACACGCAGCAGCUGAUAUCGGCCGGCGAGGACUCGGUGAUCGUGUUCUGGGAGAUGAACGCCAUGCGGAAGGUGGCUCCGGAGUGGGUCGAGUCGGACACGUGCCAGCUGUGUACGCGGGCCUUCUUCUGGAAUCUGCGGGCCAUGAUCGACCAGAAGCAGAUCGGCAUUCGGCAGCAUCACUGUCGCUACUGUGGCAAGGCCGUGUGCGACAAGUGCUCCAACUAUCGGAUCAACAUUCCGAUCAUGGGAUUUGAGUUCGACGUGCGUGUGUGCGAGCAGUGCUUCCAGCGACUGAAGAGCGAAGAGCGGCCAUCGUUGGCGACGUUCCACGACGCCAAGCACAGCAUCGUGGCGAUGGAUUUGGACGAGCCGAGGAAAAGACUGCUCACCGUUGGACAGGACCGCAUCAUCAAAAUCUGGGACCUUUCCUCGAUCUGGCCUUAGAACCGACCCAGUAUGAACGCCGCCAGCUCGAUUUGAUUUUGCCUUGGCCAGCAGCUUUGCACGUACCGUACAUACAGUUAUACAUAUAACAUAGCCCACGUUACUCAUUGUAACACCACUGAACGGAUCGGAUAUCGCAUUUUUAGUUUUGAAGAAAAAAGGGAGAAAUGUUACACAAGUAUUGUUAUGCUGACACACUUACCAACCAUUGCAUAGUUUGACGCUUGGCUUGAAUUUCGUUUGAAACUGAACAGAGACCUUUUAUAUUGAAAUGAUAACAAUGAAUAAGUACGAUAUGCAAAAUGGUCAUUCGACUAAUGAAAAUGAACCUCUUUUGUAAGUACAAUGAGAGCAAAAAAGGGGGUACGUGGGAAGUUCCAUUAAUUAUACCAAAAUUAGUGCGAAGUCAGUCCGUUGUUUAGUGUAAUUUAACUGUAAACUGUAACAGUAACAUUGUAACGAUAGUAGCCAAUAAGACUUGAAUAACUAAUGUAACAUAUGUUAGAUUAUUCAUUGAAAAGUACUAAAUUCAAAUUGUUAAAUUGAUUCUUCUGCGAAUACUUUUUUCGGUUUAGAUUAUAUAGAAGCUUAAGUUUGUUUGCGUUGAUUCCUUGAGAAAUUUGGUUGUUCCACUCAGUGUUUGCAUAUUAAUAAAUAUAUCUCCACCUUUA